AUGACGCAUUGUUCGCAGCAGCCACAGUCGCUGGCAUUGGGUACCACCUGCCCGUCGCAUUGGCUGGCCUCGAUCGGCUUGCACGUCACGUUCGAGCAGAAGUUCGGAGUGCACAGACUACCUGCAGCACGAGGAGGCGCCACGAGCAGCGAGGCGGCGUGCACAAAAAUGACGAGCAGGUUGGACCAGCCCAUGAUCUGCAAUGUGCAACACGCCCAGCGCAUGAGUAAGAAAAGUCUCGGAGACCCUUGCACUCCUACAGGGCUCUGUCCCGGCCCUAGCGAGUGCAAAGAAUCCCUGCACUGCGACCCGGACCAAAGAGCCUGCCUUCCUUUUCCGAUUCCGCCCACUGGAGUGUCUCGGAACUACAACGACACGGACUCUUCGAGCCGACCCGAGCCGUAUAAGUAACCGCGAGAACAAGCUGGUCUUAUUCGCACACCAAGUUGGAAGUUGAA